ACAUGUUUGUAAAAUAGAAGGAGCGACCCGGCAAAACGAAGAAAGGGGUUGAAGGAUCCAGCCAGUCUUGGGAGAGAAAGAAAGCGAUUUCUCUGGAUCGAUCGGUGAACAAGAAAUGGCGAUUAUUCGAAUGCCUUCACUCAUUCUUUUUUUCCUACUUUUUCCUCACUAUAUUCUUCAAUUCUCUUCAACUAUUGCACAGGGUUCAGAUGGCGGUGCAGCUUCUAGGAUGCUCAAGUCAGAUGAACAACAACAUCAGGAAAUUCAUUGUUCUAGGGAAAGAAGUAGAGCAGCUUGGAAAGUUAUUGAGGAUUAUUUAAUGCCAUUUAUGGAACGAGAAAAGUUUGAAAUCUCAAGGAAAUGUAGACUUCAUCCUGCCAAUGAUAUCUUUAGAGAUCAAGAACAGCAUAAGAUUCAUGUGGAUGUUAAUGAAUACAGAUGUGGGUAUUGUAAGAAAAUCUUCCGAGCAGAGAAAUUUCUAGAUCAACAUUUUGACAACAGGCACUACAAUCUCCUAAAUGUUAGCCAUAGCAAAUGCUUAGCCGAUGUAUGUGGGGCAUUACACUGUGACCUUGUUAUGGAUUCAGAUUCCAAGCCACGCAAAAAUAAGUGUAAUCCAGCAGCGGUAGCAAAGAAUAAAAUUUUAUGCGAGAGUCUUGCUGAGAGUUGUUUUCCUAGUAAUGAAAGUCCUUCUGCAAGCCGUCUACAUGAAUUGUUCCUGCGACAGUUUUGUGAUGCUCAUUCAUGCAAAGAUGGACGAAAACCCUUCUCUAGAGGGGGCCGGAAACAUACUAGUGUUUUCUAUUUGGCUAUCUCAAUCUUGACAUUGAUGCUGCUGCCAAUCUUCUAUGUCAUUGUGUAUUUAUACCAGAAAGAAAUGAAUCAUGGAACCCAAGAGCUUAGGCGUAUUUCAAGACUCGCCCGAAAAACUAAGCCCUCGUAGUUGGUGAGCGGGGGACUCCAUCUUCAUAAUGCAACUGAGAUCAUCAUGAAUACAAUGGGGAAAAAUGGCAAAUCUUGAAGAUAAAAUUUCACCUAUAACGAACAGGAUUGUCAUUUACAACGAGCAUUUCCCGUUAUAUGAAGAAGAUGAUGAUUUUGUUGGUCUGCAUAUUCAUUUUUUUGUAUAAUGUAUAAUGAUUGUGAAAAUUUUCCUCCAAAUGGUGGAUAGAAAUAAUACAUUUAGAUAAAUUGACAUUUUUCUAUAUACUUUUGACAUUUGUUAAUAUUAUUAUUGCACAUUUUAGAUGAAACAAGGCAUCUUACUAAGACUAGUCUUACUC